AUUCGCCAACGGAGUAACAGUGACGUGACCAUCAGCGACAUCGAUGCGGAGGACAUAAUGGACCAGAACGCCGUCAACCCCAACACCGGCGCCUCGUUGCAUCGGGAGUACGGCAGCACAUCUUCGAUUGACCGGCAGGGUCUUGGGAACGAUGGGUUCUUUACUAUGUUGCGAGGAUAUCGGAUUGACAAAUUGGACCAUCGCAGCGCCCCACCUGCCGGCUUCCCAGAGCUCCUUCGCUACGACACAACCCUCUCCCCAAGCUUGCAGACCGCCGCCCAGAUAGCCCGUGGCGAGAUCGUCCGCAUCUCCGGCUACGACUACGUGGACAGCUCCCUCCUCUACAGCCGAGAAAGGGAGAAGUCCUUCAUGUGCCGUCUCAAGUCGGAAUCAUCCGAGACGUCGCUUUUCAGGAAGUUGAGGACUAUUAAGAGCGAGAACGACGGUCUGCGGCUCUCCACCGAGCAAGACGACCGUCGGCCGCUCAGCUUCCAGAAGUGCUUUGCUCACUAUGACGUCCAGAGCGUCCUCUUCAACAUCAGCGAAGCGGUGGCCAAUCGCGUAAGCCUCAGCCAGAGGAAGAACACCACCACCGGAGCUUCUGCCGCCUCCCAAUACCAAGUCCCAGGAGGUGGACAAGUGGGUGGGAAUACAACUGGACCUGUAUCGAUGUUCGAAUUUCCGCUAGGAAGUCGGGAAGACCUCAAUCCCAAGGAGAACCUGGAUGCGGAUGAGGGGGAUGGGAAGAGCAAUGGAUUGGUGCUAAAUUGCCCGCAUUUUCGCAAUGAGAUUGGUGGAGAAGGGGAGAGGAAGAUAUCUCUAUCCAGGGCCAACAACGCCACCUACAGCGCUGGAGUAGAAAACUGCUCGUUCGAGUCCUCCUUGAGCUCCCACUGUACCAACGCUGGCGUGUCUGUACUGGAGGUGCCACGAGAAAGCCA